AUGAAGGCCUCUACCAUCUUCGUCAGCGCUCUUGCCGCUUUCGCCACUGCUGCCCCUACCAGCACUAUCCCUGAGAAGCGUGUCAACCUUGACCUUGGCUCUUUCAACAACUUCGGCUUCAACAACCAGGACCUCCAGUACCUGCUCGCCAUCAACGGCUUCAACCUCCAGGCCUUUGCCCAGCUUUCCGCCUUCAACAACCUCAACAUCGGUGGCUUCCAGAACCUGUUCGUCGGCAACAACUUCGACAUCAACGCCCUUCUCCAGCUCCAGCAGAUUGCUCUCCUCUCUCAGCUCGGUGGUCUCGGUGUCUUCGGCAACUUCGACCUCAGCGCUCUUCAGCUCAACGUUUUCGACCUUGGUCUCCUUGGCGGCAUCGGCGGCUUCGAUGUCUCUUCUCUCAUCCAACAGAGCCUUGUUCCUCAGCUUCAAACUGUCAUCCAACAGACCCAAAUAAACACUGUUGUCCUAUAA